AAGAGCCCGCUACCACAUUUUGCGCAGAUAUAGUUGUGAUGGAGUUUAUUGAAGGACUUCUUCUCUUUGUCUCCCUCCUUGGCGUGUCAGGGAUGGGUGAUGGUUCCGCGGACGUGCAAGAUCUAAAGGUUCUAAAGGUGACUUCGAUUCUGUCAGCACCCUUUCUAAUGAAGUCAAGUGACCCAAAGAACAUUCUAGAGGGAAACGACCGUUACAGUGGCUACAUCAAAGAUUUACUGGACAUGAUCACCGGUCAUCUGAACAUCAAUUACACCAUUCAAUUAGUGGCAGACGGGAGGUAUGGAGCGCUCCAAGCUGGAAAUGGUACCAUGAUUUGGAAUGGAAUGGUCAGAGAGCUGAUCAAGGGGAGAGCGGACGUCGCUGCUUCAGACCUGACUAUGUCCUAUAUGCGACGACAGGUGGUAGACUUCACUACACCGUACAUGUCCCUGGGGAUUGUCCUGCUCAUGAACAAGAGGGAUGUGACCUCGAUGGUGGAGGACGGCAUUGGAGACAUAUUCUUCCUGCGGCCGUUUUCGUAUUCCGUCUGGGUGUGCCUUGUCGUGGCUGCUGUUGUGAUAACCGCUCUGUUCUAUCUAAUCAAUCGUUUUGACCCAUACGAAGAAAGGAGCCGAGGGGAGGCUCCAGAAGAAUCUGGUGUCCUCGGCUCCCUGUGGUUGGUUGCUGGAGGUCUCACUUUGCAAGGCUCCUCGAAACGCCCUCGCUCGGCCGCAGCCUUUGUGUUAAGUGCCAUUUGGUGGUCCUUUAGUAUCAUAUUCUUGGCCACCUACAUCAUGGCCUUGGUCUCAACGCAAGCCCGAGUUAUGUUUGCUGUACCAUCACUGAAGGUCCGUGCCUUGGACGAUCUCCUGAAGCAACCACACAUGACAGUGGGAUGCAUAUCUGGCGGAUCAACAAUGAACUUUUUUAGGACGUCCAAGAUCCCAAUUUAUUUGAGGAUUUGGGACAAAAUGGAGAAAGACGUCGGUAGUUUCGUCAAUACUACAUCAGUGGCGAUCCAACGAGUGAGGAAAGGGGGAUACGCCUACCUAGGGGAGUCUACACUGGUAGAUUAUGCGGUCCGCCACUCAUGUGACCUAGUAAAAGUCGGCGGUCACUUGGAUUCGAAGUCCUUUGCCCUCGCCACACCUAAAGGGUCCGCAUACACCAGACCAAUCUCGAACGUUUUGACGAAACUUAACGAGGAUGGGAGUCUGACAAUGUUAAAGACAAAAUGGUGGCGGAGUUUAGUCGUCUGUCAGGAUGGCUUCGAGAUUGUACCGGACAUGUUUCACCCAAGUGACAGUCCGCAGUUUCGAUCCAGAGACACAAUCGACCUUUCUGUUGCAAGAUGCAACUUCAUCUAUCUGCUUUUCGGGGUCUGCCUGGCAUUGGUCACUUUGGCGAUCGAGGUACUGGUGUUUAGGAACAAAAGACAGCCUCCAGCUGACGAGCUGAAAAGGGAACUGACCGAAUCAGGCACGAACACUACAGCAUAACGUCGUCGCGUAGGGUUCAGAAAGUGAGCAAGUAUAUACUUGCGGAAGUUGUUUUAAACUGAGGACAAAAAAGCGGUUAUUUUAUGGUAAUUUGAUUUGCUGCCAGUUUCCUGCUCAUCACAGGUACAUAAACCAACAUGUAUUUUGGCAAAAUAAAGCUUUUAGUAGUAAUUAGCA